UCGUCGAACAAGUGUGUGAGGUUAGGCUCUGGGCUCCGCCCUACUAGCACUGGAUCCUUCUUCUUCUGUCUUUGAUCUUCUGGUUAUAGUUCUUAAUUCUGUGGAAGAUGUCUGAAUGGAACAUAGUGCAACAGUUGGCUGCUGAGUUUCAGAAGCUCCAGGCCUCCACUGGAGCUCAAAAGUUGUCUGAGCGUAACUGUGUGGAAGUGGUAAACAAGCUGGUUGAGAUGGGCCUGCUAGAUAUUCUGUACACCGUGGAUGGGAAGGAGUACAUCACCCCACAACACCUGGAUAGGGAGAUGCGGAACGAGCUUGUGGCUAGCAAAGGUCGGCUGAACAUUGUUGAUUUACAACAGAUACUCAACGUGGACUUGAGUCACAUUGAAGCAAAAGUUGGAGAUAUUCUAAAACGUGACCGCAACAUAGUUCUGUUACAAGGAGAGCUCAUUGACAAAUCGUAUGUGAGGGCUCUGUGUGAGGAAGUGAAUGAAACGUUGCAGGAAGUUGGUCAGGUGUCCAUUGCCGAUCUGAGCAGAAACUUCAGCCUACCCAAUGACUUCCUCAUGGAGCAUAUUGAAGAGUCAAUUGGUACGAUAAUUCAUGGUCAACUGGACAAAAGUGGCUCUGGUGCCAUUUACACUAAUGCUUUUGUGGCAAGGUAUAUGUCUCGUAUUCGAGGAUUGUUCAGUGCUGUGACUAGACCCACAGUCAUCGGCCCUCUCUUGUCUCGAGGAUCAUUUCAGGAGAAGCUGUUCCUCAGUGUUCUCCACGAGUUGGUGUCGAGUGGUGUUCUGGCGGGUACCCUACAUGGUCACCUGGAGAAGGCCGUCUACGUUCCUCACGUGUACACAAGGAUGCAAAACAGAUGGGCCGACUCUUUCCUGGAGUCUAACGGAUAUUUGGAGUACGAUGCCCUCAAGCGACUGGGCAUAGAACAGCCUACUGUGUUUGUGAGUCAGCGCUACUCUUCCCGAGGUGAUGUGAUAGAGCUCUCCUCGUGUGUGGUGGGGGACGGGGUGAUGACCGAGCUGGCUGCCAGACUAGAGGACGCACUCGUCACUGAGGGAUGGGUCGAUGUCCUGACCUUACUGCCUGCCCCUUGCACCCCAGAAGAUGCUGAGCUCCUUGUUCAGAAGAGCUACUCCUCUGAUCCUGAACUGAAGGCUGUGGGAGGGUUCCUUGUUAGAAAGAGCUUUAUUCAGACCUGCUUUGAGCACUUCAAACCGAUGCUGCAAGAGAAAGCUCAAAAGAUGGUUGAGCGUGAUGCUGUGAUGGUGUCAGAGAUGCUCCAGCAGUCCGAGGCCGUUGAGGAAGGUGGUGGUCGUAAGAGAGGAGGUCGGAAGGCAGACAAGAAGUCAGGAGGAAAGAGGGGAUCACAAGAAGCCAGUAGAGUGGCGGGAAGGGCAGAGCUCCAGUUCAUGUCUGUGGAGGAGAUGAGUGCUUUGUUGUUGGAGAAGUUCUCUGAUUGUUCGGAGACUGUCAUCUCACAAGUAGCAGCUGAUAUCAGCAGCUCCUUACGGACAGCCUUCCAAGAGGAGGUUAGAGAAUGUCUGUCGACCCUAGGUCAAGACUCCUCCGCUAGUCAGCAGAGAAAGAGACACGCUGACACACAGGAGAGGAUGGUCGGACUGUGGACCAACGCCAAACUCUUUGAGAGGGCUAUAGCACACUUUGAAGGUGAUGGUGCAGUCCAACUGUCCAAGUAUCUCCUACGCACUUUGUGCACUGAUAUGACAAACAUGGUCUUGCUCUACAUAACAGAAGAUGCUUCGUCCAAUUCUGGGGAGAUGACAAAAAAGGAGCGUUCCAAGAUGACAUCUAGUCUGAGUGAGCCAGCCAAGACAAUGUUGAGUGAAGUGGACAAAUCCCUCAGUGGAAAGGAAACGGGGACAUUUUUUGAGCUAUUUGAAAGCGUAUGUGCUGAAGACUUCUGCGGAAUUCUUCUCAAAAAAAUUGACAAGAAAAAAGAAAGGCAAUUGUUGUUCUCCCACCAGCAGUCUCUGUGUGAGAGUCUAAAGGAAGAGGUGGAGCCGGCCAUGUCCCUACACCUCAUCUCUGUCAUUCUGUUUCAGCAACAAACUGGUACCAUUGUCCAUAUCCCCGGGAAACUUGUGCCCACAGUGAUUGCCUUUCUCGCUCAGCAUCUGGACGACAAGGCUUACUUGAAGCUAAUCGAAUGUCAAAAGUUAGUCAGCGAUCGACUGCGUUCCGUCGUUGGUGAUGAUGCAAGUCCUGACAACGGUGGUGGAGAUGAUGACACACUCAGCAGUCUGCUCACUGAGCUCAAAGAAUUGGCACUCACCAAAACAAAGAAAACUGUAACUGCUGGAAAUUAGAUAACUCUUAAAAGGUAUAAUUUAACGUACUGUCGACUUACCCCACUUUGAGUUUUGUAUCGUUCUGAACGUUAACGUACAUGUACAUGUAUAUGGAAUCAAAAGCAUUUUCUCAUCAAUGUC